CCGCGCAUGCGCCGCAUGUCUGCAGUAUAAUUAUCCACAGGGAGAGAAAAGGAGCAGAAACAACAACAACAGGGUGGGAUCGGAGCAGGACCCCACAGCUCCGACGUCUCAAUACCACCAGCAGCAGCAGCAGCAGCAGCAGCAGGCCAUGGCUGUGAGGAGAUGAGAGUGGAACGCGUCCGCCUGUAGGGAGUGUUUGCAGCCGUGCAGCAGCCGGAGGAGAGUGGGCUGGGGGGACCAGGCAGAUCGUGGACGGGGCCGGGGCCGGAGCCGGGGCCGAGCUCAGCCGGAGCCAAUGCAGCAGCAGCAGCAUCGACAGCCUGAGCUGGUGGAAGGAAGCCUUCCCGUGUUCGUGUUCCCCACUGAGCUCGUGUUCUACGCCGAUGAGCAGACGUCUCACAAGCAGGUGCUCACUCUCUACAACCCCUAUGAGUUCGCCCUCAAGUUCAAAGUGCUGUGCACAGCGCCCAACAAGUACACUGUGGUGGACGCUACCGGAGCCGUUAAGCCACAGUGCUGUGUUGACAUAGUCAUCAGACACCGAGACGUGCGGGCAUGUCACUUCGGCGUGUACGACAAGUUUCGGCUGCAGGUGUCGGAGCAGAGUCAGCGCAAAGCCCUGGGCCGCAAGGAGGUGACGGCCACGCUGCGGCCCUCCGCCUCGCAGGAGCCGCCCAGCCCCCGGCCCCAGGACGAGGAGCGCCGCUUCAAGGAGCAGUACGCGGAGAGCGAGUUCUUCGAGCAGACGGCCUUCCAGACAGAGAGCCGCCCCGUUGCCGGAGGACCCAGCCUGCUCACUGUGCUGCUGGGCCUGGUGUGUAUGGUCGCCCUGAUGCUCCCCACGCUGGGGGAGCAGGAAUCCAAUGUGCCUGUCUACCUCCACUUAAGUGUUAACAAGAAACUCGUAGCUGCUUAUGUUCUUGGUCUUCUGACGAUGGUCAUCCUGCGCACAUGAAGUGCCAUGAGCCCGGAGGAGGAGGAGGAGGAGGAGGAGAAAAAGGAUCUGAAAGGAGUGUCGUCACUCUAGAAGCUGCUGCUCUGCUUCCAGGACAGAACCGAGCCUCCAUCCUCCGAGUUACACUUUUUAGCAUACUUCCUUCAAACCCACGCAUUGGUGUCGAUACGUGCGUCGGCGCGGCGAUGCCGAGAGGGAGGCGUGCGGGUCGGAGGAGAGCCGGUGUGAGCGGAGCUGUCCCAGAGCAGAGCCUGUGAAGAGGCCCGGGCCCCCCCCCCCGGCCCGGCGCUCUCCGUCUGUAUUACUAUUGCCAUUAUGUGACAGAACGUGGUGAAUGUGUGUGAAGGAGCCUGAUUACAUGUACAUAAAGCCAUUAAACAUUUUUCUGUUAACGUAUUCAACUGUAACCGUCAUUAUAUUGAUGUUUUGUUUUUGGUUUUUUUCUGUUUGAAGCAUUUCUAGUGUAGACUGAGGACUCGAUGCAGUUUUUUUGCAUGUGUGGAUUCUUUUUCUGACUGAGCUUUCACGUCUCUUUUUCCAGCAGUAGAAACGUCCGACGUGUCACCAAAGGAAAGAUCUUUUUUGUUCUUCCAGAAGACAAAAAAAAAAAACAAAAAAGCUUGCCAUAUUAUAUCACCAUCUGAUUUCUAAUAAAGACUCAGUACAGCUGUAGUGGAUGAUGUUCA